CUCUCUCUGUCACACACACACACACACACACAAACACACACGCACACACACACGCGCACACACCGUCCGCUGGCUCAUGAAUGACCUCCUCCUCCUCCUCCUCCAUCACCCCCCUACAGUUGGUACAGUCCGGCCGGAGCAUCAUGGCGAUAGACGGAGGGGGGAGGAACUGUGGUGUUCAUGAGCUCAUCUGUGCCAGACGAGUCUCUCCUGAGCUUCUGGGUGUCCUGUCUUCCAUUGCAGCCUUCAUGGCGUUGAUGGCUCUGUUUUUUCUUUACCUCAGCAACAAGCUGUCAGUGGAGAGUCCUGCCGAUCUGUCACAACUCAGUGGCUAUAAGAACAACCAGCCAGUGCCUCUGAUGAGCUAAUCUAGCAGCCAGCGUGCUGACGGGAUCCCCGGCUGAGAGAUGGCCUUCUUCAAGAGCUUCCAGCAGAACCUCCCAUCUGUCAACAUUUCCUCCCUCUUGGACUCGGUCACCAGCCGAGUGGACGACCUGGCCAACGCCGUCAGCGACGCCACGUACGCCGUCAGCGACCAGCUGACCGAGCAGGUCACCACUAUCAUCAACAAGGUGGAGGAUGGGGAGAACAGUGGCCAGGAGUCUGGUCAGACUUCCACGGCACAGGAAGGAGGAAGCAAGGCCAGCAACGCAGCCUCAAAGACCAACCAGUCCAGUGAUGCCAACGAGGCUGAGAGCGCUCAGAGCCAGCUGGAGUGGGAAUGGAGGGACGGAUGCUGGCGAGUUAAAAAAACAGAAGCCGAGUUGGCAGAGGAAGAGAAGAAGAAGAAGGAGGAGAAGGAGCUGCAGGAGAAGAAAGAGCAGAGGAGGAAAGAAAGGAGGGAAAAGCAGCUGGAGAAAGAAGCCGAGGCACAGAAGAACAAAGAGGAAGAUGGAGAGCAUGAAGAGAAUGCUGAUGCUGUUGAGAAAACAGAUGACAGCGGCGACCACUCCACCGCUCAGCAAAGAGGCGAUGAUGGCGACGAACCUCCUCCAUCACCUGGUCCUGAGACUGAGAGCAGGUCGUCAAAGCAGAAAGAAGAGGGAGAAGCAGAGGAAGAGGUGGCGGACAGCCCUGAGAGAGAGGGAGAUGACGAGGAAGAGGCUGAUCUUGCUAGAUCUUCCUCAACGGUGAAAAAGAAAAAGUCGGACAAGAAGAAGAAGAAAGGAGCAAAGGAGGGGUCGAAGAAAUCCGAAGAAGUUUCGGAUGGGGAGAAAAAGAAGGAGAAAGGGAAGAAGAGCAAGAAGAAAAAGAAAGGAAAAAAAGCAGAGGGAGUUUUAUCAGACAGCGAGGAGGACAAAGGGCCCGAGGCGGUGGCUCAGCAGAACACAACUUCAGCGUGGAGCAACAAACGCAAACCGUCCGGUGAGCAGGGAGGCUACAGCAGCGAAGCCUCCAGCGAACGGGCAAUCAACAGCAUCCAGAGAAUAAAGAAGAAGAACUCCUCCCUCAGCGAGACCCAGCCUCCUCCGUACCAGGACGAGAGCUCAGCGGCGGCGCGGGUGACCUCUCGCUCCCACUCGGAGCGCGGGGUCAGGAGGGGGUCGUCCCCGCAGCGCUGCGACAGCCCCCACUGCUCCAGUGAGGCCAGCGUGGACCAGGACACUGAGAGCUACCUCAACAAGGGCUGUGAGGAGGACAUUCCCAGUGACAGCACCGCUGUGCUGGGACCAGAGGACGGCUCCGGUCCUCAGCUCCCUACAGCCUACGAGCCAGAGCCCCUCGCCAAAUACGGCACGCUGGACGUCGCCUUCGAGUACGACUCCGGCGAGCAGUGGUUGGCCGUCACGGUCACCGCGGCGACAGACAUCCCCGCCCUAAAACAGACGGGCAACAUCGCGUGGCAGGUCCACCUGGUCCUGCUGCCCACCAAGAAGCAACGGGCCAAGACGGGCGUGCAGAAGGGCCCCUGUCCCGUCUUCACGGAGACAUUCAAGUUUUCCAGGGUGGAACAGGACGCCCUGGGGGACUAUGCCGUUCGCUUCCGCCUGUACAGCAUCAGGCGGAUGAAAAAGGAGAAGGUCCUGGGAGAGAAGGUGUUCUACCUGACUAAACUCAACCUGCAGGGCAAGAUCGCUCUGCCUGUCACCCUGGAGCCGGGCUCCGAGCUCACAGGUUGUGGCUCUGUGGUGAGCGUGUCUCGCAGCGCUGGAGCUCUGUCUUAUCGCUCCACUGAGGACUCUUCUCUGCCAGAGAUCCUCGUGGGUCUCCUCUACAACUCUGCCACGGGACAGUUAUCUGCUGAGGUCAUCCAGGGAAGCCACUUCAAAACCCCAGCGUCUGAAAAACCCGUCAACGGUUUGUUCUGUUGUAUAAAACACUUUGUAGGGGGCCAGCUUUAUAUCAUGAGAGACACCUACGUGAAGCUGACCAUGCUGGACUCCAAGGGGAAAGAGAUGUCCAAGUGCAAGACGGCGGUGUGCCGCGGCCAGCCCAACCCCACCUACAAGGAGACCUUCCUGUUCCAGGUGGCGCUCUUCCAGCUGUCCGAGGUGUCCCUGGUGCUGUCGGUGUUCUGCCGGCGGAGCAGCAUGAGGCCCAGGGAGCGGCUGGGCUGGGUCUCCCUGGGCCUCAACAGCACCGGCGAGGAGCAGCAGGCCCACUGGACAGAGAUGAAGGAGGCCGAGGGACAGCAGGUCUGCCACUGGCACACACUCGGCGACACAUAGGAGGACGAUUUAUAAAGACUGACAUUGACAACAUUCCCAGAGAGCGAUGGUGGUGGUGAUGGUGGUGGUGGGGGUGAGCAGGAGGCACCUUGUGAGAUGUGUGACGUGUGUGUGUGCUGCAUACAGGUGUGAGGGCGGGCACGGGUUCCCGGUCUUCACUGCCAGAGACUGCAUGAAUACCCUUUAAUCUGCCACUUCUCUCCGAGGCAGACAGACUUUAUUGGGGGUGGGAGGUGGAGGUGGAGGUGGAGGUGGAGGUGGAAGCUCCAGCGCCAGCCUUUUUUUAUUGACACAAAAAGGGCCAGCGUUUUUUUUCCAGUAAUUUCUGCCUACAGCGAGAUCUGCAUGUACACUGUUUACAGGACACUUCCAAACAUUUCCCGUCUCUGAAUCUGGGACCAAAGAGCUCGGUCCACACGACUAGCAGACUCCUCCCCGUGUCUUCUCUGGACUUCAGCUGCCACCAGCAUACCAGACAUUUCUCUCUAUCAGUCAUAGCCAUUGACAGAAGAGACGGCGAUGAAAAAGACUGUUACAAAAAAAGGGCCUACAACAUGCUGCAACUAUGCUUACAAGCUAUGCUUUGUACAGUUUGUUUACAUGCACAUGACAUUAUGCAAGAUCCAUUCAUUGGUUCCCCCCACCCCAAUUUAUGCUUUUGGAUUAUCAGUCAAAUGGUUUACCAGAUUUAUGGGUGUCUCUCUGGGGGGUAUGCGCUACACAAAGACAACUUUUCUUUUGUGGUCUUACAUAACUCGGUACACUAUGCAUCUGACGCCACUUUAAACGAGAGGAAUGAAAUUCUGUCUCUGGAGAGAAUUGGACACAGCUCCGCAUGCCUACUGGUAUCAAAGAGCAGCUUCCUUUCCUGUGUAACACAGAUUGAGCCUGUUUCACCAUUCAGCCUUCUGACAACUCAGCCAUGUUCAUUCAUGUAGAAACACGGUGCUUCCCGCUGAGGAGGAAUAUGCAAAAAAGAAAAAGAAAAAAAAAAGCCAAUUCCUCCUCCCAAUAAACCUGGCUGUUUCUCUGAGGGCUGUGAGGCAGAGCCGAUGAUGUCGGCUGCGAAGCGAGUUGUGAGUGGCGCAAAUGAAAUUACAGCAAAAAAAAAAGUAAAUCGUAUUUUCUGAUUACAAGUGAAUGGAAGAUGGAUUAUUGAAUAAAGUAAAUGAAAACAUUGUC